AUGGUUUCUCAUAAUGUAAGAACCAAGCGUGCUUAUUCUCCGAAACCUCACAGGUACAAGGUGUUUGAGGUGGACUGCUACCGCCACUCCUUCCGCACUACCGUCACCGCCUACCCUGGCGUUGUCCGGGAUUGGAUAUUCAAGAUGCGCCGAAGACGCUCCAAGCACCUCCUUCGCAGGGGGCUGAUCGUUGGACUCGGGGUCCAGUGGAAUGCGUUUUCUUCCAGGUCCCCCGCCACCCUCCAGCUCUCAGUGGGGCGGCAAUGCCUCAUCUUUCAGCUAAGCCGUGCUCCCCGGGCUCCAAGGUCUCUCCGCCGUCUCCUGGAGGACCCGGAAAUAACGCGGGUUGGUGUAAACAACCACAGGGACGUGGCAAUGCUGGAGAGCACAAAGCAUGGGCUUUGUGUGGGCGGGGUGGUGGAUCUGGCCCGCGUCGCACGCAAUCAGGGAAUAUGUAAUAGAUCUCAUCACCACCUAUCAAUGGAGGGAUUGGUUGAAGACAUUCUGGGUAUGCAAGGCAUCAAGAAGGAGGAAGACGUUGGGAGAAGCAAUUGGGAAGCCGAUACACUGAGUGGAGAUCAAGUUGAAUAUGCAUGCCUUGACUCUUCCCUUUCAUUCUUGAUGGCUAAAGCUCUAGGGGGCUAG